GAAAUAACAUAACGUCGAUAAUUCAUCGAUAGUUGGCUCUCAAACGGUAAACAAUAAGCAAUAUAUAUCGCCGCUAUUUCACAAGGCACAUAGCUAAGCAAGCACAUCAAACACGGAAAUAAGCCGCGGAUUUCAACAAAUUUAACGCGCAAUAUAAUUUCUGACUGUUGCUUCUUGGCAAAAAUGGACAGGUCAGGGCAUUUAUCACAAACGCACAUGAUUGGACGAAUCUACUCAGUGUACUGCAAAGAUUUCGUAUCUUAUAACGAAAUUACGUAUUUUCCCAAGGAGUAUCUAAAUGUAUUGACUGGGCCAAAUGGAACAGGAAAGUCUACAAUUGUAUCUGCUAUCAUAUUGGGAUUAGGCGGCGAUCCCCAGUUGUUGGAUCGUUCAUCUAGCAUUGCCGAUUACAUCAAAAGCAAUAAGAGCUCUGCAAUUAUUACUGUAACAAUUAAUGGGCGCUCAAAGAACUCAAAAGAAUCUUUUAAGCGAACAAUAAACCAAAAUGGACAAUCUCAUUUUUAUGUCAAUUCCAAGGAAUUGUCCAAGACAAAGUUUCUAGACAUCGUCGCCUCAUUCAACAUACAAGUUAGUAAUUUAUGUCAGUUUCUACCUCAGGAUCGUGUUCAGGAUUUUUCCAAAAUGAAUCCUCAAGAACUUUUAGUCAAUACUAUGUCAUCUGUCUGUGACGAUGAGUUUAUAAAGAAUUUCAACGAUCUAAAGGAAAUGAAACUGAAGCUUUUAAACGCCCACGCCGACCGUGAGAAAGAUAAAGAAAAUCUUCAGAAAGAGCAAAAGCGAUUAGAGCAGUUACAAGUUACAGUUGAUCAGUAUCAAGAACGUCAGGAAAUAUUGCAAAAGAUAAAUGUUCAUAAGGCGAAAAAAUUAUGGAGUGAAAUCACUGUAGCUAAUUCAAGAAUCGACGAGCUGAAAAGUAGUUUGAAUAAAGCAAAUAAGGAAUGUCAAACUCGCAAAAAGACAUAUGAGUUGCAAAAAAGAGCACAGCAAGAAAUUACACAAAAGAGUUUUGAUCUCAGGCAGAAGAAAGAGGAACAAAUUAAACUUAUAAGUCAUGCCAAUAAUGCAAAAAAUAAGUUGGACUCUCUGUUGGAGUCUGUAAAACAUAAAGUGAAUGAAAGAAACUUUGAAUUAAAGAGACAUAUCGAGCAAGCAACUAAAAACAAAAUGGAAGCUGAUAAUCUGAAGCAAGCUGCAGAAGGUAAAAAUCAAGAAUUGCAGCAAUUUUAUAAGUACAAAUCGGAUUUAGUAAAUGAGCUCGAGGAACAUGGAAAAAUAAUAAAUCAAACUCGCGAGACGACCAUGAGGCAGUACAAUAGACGCAGAGAAAUUGAAGCCAAACUUAAUGAUGAGAAAAUUCCUGAGGUGACAGCUCUAAAGCAUAAGAUUGAGAGAUUGCAAAAUAUUAAAACACAAAAAAUUGAAGAAUUGCGCAACCAAAAUCCAAAUUUAAUCAAAGCCAUGAGUUGGGUUGCUGAAAAUAAGCACAAAUAUAAGUCCAAUAUUUACGAUCCAAUGAUAUUUGAAUUAAAUAUUAAAAGCCCUGAUGCGGCUAUGUGUUUGGAGAACCUUAUUCGACAGCGUGAUUUAUAUGCAUUCGCUUGUGAAGACAAGAAUGAUAUGUCUGAUCUGAUUAAUGAAUUAUGUGUGAAGCAGAAGUUAUCCGUUAAUAUCAUUUAUUGUGCUCCAGGAAACAGAUGCUUGUAUACCUCGACAGUACCUCUAUCUGAAAUUACAUCUAUUGGAUUCACAUCGUACCUGGUGGAUCUAGUCUCUGGACCAAUGCCUAUUAUAAACAAACUGUGUGGUACUUAUCAAAUUCACAAUAUUCCCAUUGGAACUGAAGAAGUCAGUAAUAAUACUUCAAUAAUUCCUAAGUCAAUCCGUGUAUUCUUCGGUGGUACUAAAAAGUUUUUAGUGACAGCAUCUCGGUACCGAUCAGACUUAAUAUUAACCGAGAGUACGAUUCAAAGGAAAAAUCAACUUAUUACUCUUGACUCAAAACAAUUGGCAUCGCUUCAAGAACGGUACAACAAUUCAAUAUCUGAAAGAAAUCAACUUAGAAAUAAAUUAGUAGAAGUCGAUAAUGAAUUUGAACGCUUACAAGCGACAACGAAGGAAGAAGUAGAAAAAAAACGAAAAAUUGAACAAAAAUUGAAUUAUUUCGAAAAUUUGGAAAAUGAAGUUAAAAAACUAAAUGAUAAAAUAUUAAACAUCAAUAGAUCAUUCAAUUCAUUGGAUGACGCAGAAAAAACUUUUCAAAAAAAUGUUCUGUCAGAUUUUAAGCAGUUAUUUGAAAUUGAACAAAACUUACUUAAAAUUCUUGAGACUAGUGAGAAGAGUAUAGCCCUAAAAAAAGUUUUUCAACUAAUGGAAAGCGUUCAUAUAAGGCAACAUGAAUCUCAAAUGAAUACUCUUAAUGAAAGUGAAGAAAACUAUAAGGGCGCUUGUGGAAAUGUCGAGAAAAUAACUAAAUCUCUGGAAACCCACACGGAAAGUAUUCAAUCGAAAACUGAGGAGCUGCAAAGUUUAUGUAAUGGCAAACUUCCACCAAGCAAGGAUUUUCCAUUCAAAUCUGAAUUCCGAGAUUUAUCAAAACUUCACAUUGAACAAAUCCAUGAAGCUAUUGUCGAAUUCCAGGCAAGAUUGGAGUGUAUGGCAAAUGUGAAUCCACAGGCUAUCGCAGACUUUCAACAGCGUCAGGAACAGGUGAAACUGUUAAAGCAAAUUAUCGAUCAAAAAGCCAAUCAAGAGAAAAACGUUGAUGGUCAAAUUACUGCAUUAUUCAAUAAUUGGGAGCCAAAACUUAACAAUUUAAUAGAAACCAUAAGCGCUAAGUUCAGUGAAUUUAUGGAAUCUAUGUCAUACGUAGGGGAAGUGGUCUUGUCCAGAAAUGAUAAACAUGAUUUUAAAUCAUAUGGUAUACAAAUUAUGGUUCAAUAUAGAAAGGAGGGAAAAUUACAAACUCUCGACAAAUAUAUUCAAUCCGGUGGAGAACGUGCUGUAGCUAUUGCAAUCUAUUCUAUGUCUUUACAGCACGUUACAAGUGUACCAUUCAGAUGCGUUGAUGAAAUUAAUCAAGGCAUGGACGCCACUAACGAACGUAACAUUUUUGAGUUGUUAUUAAGAGAAGCCACUAAAGAGGGAUCUGCUCAAUAUAUAUUUGUAACUCCUAAGUUGCUUCCCGAUCUAAACUACAAUGACCAUUUAUGCGUUUCCGUGGUUUAUAAUUCAGCAUCUAUGAAACCGGGUGUCAAUUUUCCACGGUGUUGAAUCUCUACUCAAUGUUUUCUAUUAUUAAAUUUAUCUAUAUAUUGGUAAGUGGUUACUAACUACCAAAUAAAACGCUGUGCGGUUGAAAUUAAAACGCAUCCGAUCCGAUGAAAAAAAUAUGUAAUUAAUCAUUAAACAUCCAUUUUUUGUAUCUUUUGAUGUUAAACAUUAAGAACAAUUUAUAGAAACACUUAUUUGAACUGAGGUCUUUACUCCCAUUAUAUUGGGACUUGGUAGGCCAGUAGAAGAUUUAUGAUAAAUGUCGUUAUCAAUAACUGCUGAUCUAAAAAAUCCCAACGAUAAUGAGGGCACACACUUGUUAAGCACUUGUUCUUUCCGAUAAUCGUUGAUCGAGAGACUAAUUAUAAUUUUUAAUAAACUACAUCUUUUAUAUGUUUGUAAGUCGUCGCUGUCGAGCGAUCAAUGAAGCGUUUCAAUUGUUCUGCUCCUAUAAGCACACACUUUGAAUUACUUAAUGAUAAUAAGAGAAUGGCGAUAUUAAAUUUUUGGUACAAGAUCAACUGAGAAGAGUAAUGUGAUAUCACAUAUCUUAUGAACAAUUUCAUUGAAAUCUAUACUUGUAAUCAAGUUCUAUCUAUAUAAAAUAUUGCACAUCAAGUACAUGUUGCUUUUUCCAAAAUUGAAAAUGUAACUUUGUUAAAUUCCACAAUGUUUUGAUUUGAUUUAUUUAUACUUUUGUAUAGAGUAUCUUUACUGCUGAAAUAAAUAUGAGUUCAAUUACUAUUGUACUGGUUUGACAACUUUAUUAUAAAUCUAUUAUGCAUACAUACGUAAUAUACAUUUGUAUUGUUAAGCAUCAUUGCCUUUAAACAACUCUUAAAUUGGCUCGCUAUUGGUCAAGAAUAUUAUGUUUAAGUUGCCAUGGACCAUAACUAUUCAAUAAGUCAUUGCACACCCUACAGAUAUAUUAAUACCCCAAAUAUGGUAUCUUAGCAUCGCUGGAAUUAAAGUCAACUUAUUGAAAAAUAUCUCUGAUUCCAAAUUAGUUCACUAUGUCUCUUUUGUUUCGUUAAGAAAACUUAGAUUCAAAAAAAAAAUAUUAAAAAAAAAAACAAAAAAAAA